CCAUCAUUUGAAAAAUACAUCAUGUGAUCUGUUUUACUCAAAAAGUCGUGUGUUCACUGUUUCAUUGAAAACACAAGGCGCAUGCGUAGGCGUAGCCAUAUUGGAGAGGAAAGGAAAUCUUUUGAUAAUUUGAUGUUGUAAACAUUCGCAGAUAUUCAAUAGAAACAAAUAAUUUCACAGAAAUUUAAUGUUGAAAUGUGAUAUAUCUAUGAUACACCCAAUGAGUAAAAGAAUAUUGAUGAAAUGCCAGCAUUACCCAAGCCCGGAAAAUUAAAUGAUCCUGAAAUAGCAGCUCUCUUCUCAACAGAGGAUCCGGAACGAAUAUUUUCAGACCUGAGAGAAAUUGGACAUGGAAGUUUUGGUGCUGUAUACUAUGCCAGAAAUGUUGUUACCAAAGAGAUUGUUGCCAUCAAGAAGAUGUCCUACAAUGGCAAACAGGCAGGAGAGAAAUGGCAGGACAUUAUCAAAGAAGUAAAGUUCUUGAGGCAGGUCAAACAUGAAAACACCAUAGACUACAAAGGAUGUUUUCUCAAAGAACACACAGCAUGGAUGGUAAUGGAAUACUGUCUGGGUUCAGCAUCGGACAUUAUUGAAGUUCACAAGAAGCCAUUAAAAGAAGAUGAAAUAGGAGAAAUCUGUCAUCAGUGUUUGAAAGGUUUAGAAUAUCUUCAUAGCUUUGGCAAAAUACACAGGGAUGUUAAAGCUGGCAAUAUAUUACUUACAGAGAAUGGAACUGUCAAAUUAGCUGACUUUGGUUCUGCUUCCAUUGUGUGUCCAGCUAACUCCUUUGUGGGUACACCUUACUGGAUGGCACCAGAAGUGAUUCUUGCCAUGGAUGAAGGCCAGUAUGAAGGGAACGCAGAUAUAUGGUCCCUUGGUAUCACUUGUAUAGAGCUAGCUGAAAGAAAGCCUCCCUUGUUCAAUAUGAAUGCUAUGAGUGCCCUUUAUCACAUAGCUCAAAACGAUCCUCCUACUCUUGCCGGUGGAGAUUGGUCAGAUGAAUUCCGUCAAUUUGUAGACUCCUGUUUGUCAAAAAGUCCCUGUGAUAGACCCUCAGCAAAUAUUUUAAUUAAGGGUCCAUUUAUUGAUAAAACCCGACCACCUAAUGUUAUAUUAGAUUUAAUACAAAGAACAAAAGAUGCUGUGAGAGAACUAGAUAAUUUACAAUACAAAAGAAUGAAAAAGAUACUCAUGGUAGAUGUGAUAGAUGUGGAGAAUGGUCCAAAUGGGCGGUCAGAUGUGACGGAGGAUGAUUCUUCUCAGGACGGUGAUAAUGUGGACAGCAGUAAAUCCAGCAGUAUAGCUAGUCAACAAAGCUCUCAUUCCAUUAGUAUGAGUAGUAAAAGUAGUAGUCAAAACAGCAUUCAUAGUGCCACUAAUGAUGAUUUAGGAUUUAGUAGUUUCUCAAGGGAGAGAAGUGAUUGGUCAAAUCCAAGAUCAAGUAUUGCUGAACAUGCACACACAAACAAGUCAUCCAAUGCUAGUAAUAGAAGUGUUGAACCUGGUGCUAAUAAUUUCGCUACAAUAAGAACGACAUCGAUAGUUACUAAACAGAUCAAGGAUCAUGAGGUGUCCAAUGAACUGAGAGAACAGUUUGCUGGAUAUAAAAGACUCAGAAAACAACACCAAAAACAACUUCUAUCUCUUGAAAGUAAAUAUAAACAAGAGAUGGAGGAACACAAACAGAGGUUAGACAAAGAAUAUGAUAAUCUGAAACAGCAGUUUAGUAUGGAAUUGGAAAGGUUAAAAAAGAAACAGCAGCAAGAUUUAGACAAAAGGCAAAAGACAAAUCAAGCCAUGGAGAAGAAGUUGAUACGACAAAUUUCAGCAACACAAGAUACAGAGAGGAAAACUUUUGGAGCUAUGCAGAAAAAAGAAUACAAGCUCAACAAAGAACAAAUGAAAAGAGAAAUAGAUAGUGGAACUCCUAAAAAGGAAAGAGAAGACACAUUAAAAUUACACAAGGAUCGUUUGAUGUCCCGUCAAAAAGAGGCAGAAACUAGACUUGAAAAACAACACAAAGACUCUAUAGAAUUUGAAAUCCGUAAAUUUAGACGACGGAAAGUUGUACAAUAUCACACUUUAGAGAAAGAUCAGAUUCAGGAGGAAUUAACAAAAUUACAAGAACAGCAAGAAAAAGAACAUAGUAUGUUAUUACGGCAUCAUGAGUCAACGCAGGAAUUAGAAUAUAAACAAUUGUUAGCAAUUCAAAAUUUACGGGACGAACAUUUACGGAAACAACAUAUUACUGAACGUGAAAAUCAAAAGGAAUAUAAUAGUCGUGAGGAAUCCAAUUUAAGGAAAAAACAUUUAAUGGAACAUAAACAGCAGCCGAGGAGUUUGAAGCAAAAAGAGGUGCAAAUUCGUAAACAAUUUCAUGAAGCUGUGCAAACACAAAGAAAACAAUAUAGAGCUCUUAAAGAUCAUAUUGUACAAAAUACACCUAAAAAUGAACAAAAAGCUGUUGUGAAAAAACUAAAGGAAGAACAAGUGAGGAAAUUAAAUAUUCUUGGAGAGCAGUAUGAGGCCAGUAUAGCAGAAAUGUUACAGCAGCAAAAUAUGAGAUUAGAUGACGCCCAGUUAACGGAGGCACAAGAGUUGAAACAACGACUGCAGCAAGAGUUAGAACUCCUGAUGGCAUAUCAGAGUAAAAUAAAAAUGCAGAUGGAAGCACAGCACCAUAGAGAGAGGAAACAGUUAGAGGAGAGAGUGUCGUUACGACGAGCUCUCCUUGAACAAAAGAUGGACGAUGACCGAACAAAACUUUCAAGUGCUAAAACAGAAAUGGUUAAAGCUUUAAAUGAACGACAAGUGAAAGAAAUAGAAGAAUUCGAUGAAGAGACUAUAAGUUUAGGAAUGAACGCCAUGGAAGUGAUGGAAGCCUCUACGAUGGCACAGAAUUAUGAUGACGAUGUUAGUUUACGUGGAAGUAUGAUAAGUCUGACUCCAAGUAACAGUAGUAGUUCUUUCACUUCCACCUCGUAUCGGGAUUAACCCACAUCAUGUUCGUCGUUUUACUCAGGUGUUCAGAACACCAAUAGUUACCACACACUCGCUGAAUUUCCCCUUUAUAGAGGAUUUCAUAACUUAAUCCAUCACUGUUCGGUUCUGUUCCAGGCAAAAAAAUGUGCUUAAUAUAGAAAAUGUUAACCAUGUAUUCUGAACGUUCAAGUGCCAUGCAGAAGGUAGAACCUCAGUGAUGGUUACCAAGGCAACCAAAUGAGUGGCCUUGGAACAGGAGUAGUUAACUACAAGUGUGAUUAAAAUGGAGAGUAUAUACUCCUCAUUGUGGAUGAAGUGCUUUCAUUAUUAAAGUUAUCUCACUUCAAGUCUUACAGCGGGAUGCAAGAUUCAUAUAAGAAGUCGUAAUGAUGUUAAUUUCUGUUAAUUCUGAAAUUUUUGCAUGCCUUUAUUUAUUGUGAUUUUUUUAGAAUGGACACAAAUGCCAGAUUAAUCCAUUUAAUCAUUGUGGUUUCAGUAAAUGAUGCAUUCAAAUAACAAUGAAUAUCAGAAUUUAAAACACAUGUUUUUAUUUACUUCCUAAGUUAUUAUUUUAUAUGAUUUUAUCAUGUUUAUAUGACAAUAAAAAUAGAUUAAAAAGUGAAAUAACUAUUCCAAAUGAGAAAUACAAAAAGAACUUAAUAAUCCAGUCCUGUCUUUUUACUUCCUAUGAAUUAAAAAGUAUUUGAAAAAUGUGUAGUCUUGCAUCCCUCUAAGCUAACUUGAGUAACUUAAAUAUGUUUUACUAUGCUUAAUUAUUUUGUUAAGUGUAUACCAAUUUAUGAUAUAUAUAUUAUUUUGUAUUGUAUGAAACUUAGAAAAUAUGAUAAUCUAAGAAUUAUUAAUAUUUAUGGUACUUAAAAAAUUAGAAUGAGAGAAACCACACAAUAGAAUUACAUCAUGGAGGUAUAGUUAAUCAAAAUGACAUAUCAUUUCUGUUGAACAGAGUAGGUAAAACUUAGAAGAAGGGAUAGAGAUAUACAAUGAUAUACUGAUAUAUGGGGCAUAGCUUUUCUGUAGUGUUGGGACAUUUUUUAUGCUGAUUUUUUUUUUGUUAAUCUGACUUUACAAACUGAUGAUAGGAUAGAUUAAAAUUUCCCUUUUUGAGACAACAGUUACAUCAUUGAGACUGCCUAAAAUAACAUAAGUUUUCCUGAUGUAAUUUUGAAAACAGAUUACUUUGACCAUCCACUUCAAAGAAUUAAAAAUUAAAUUGUAUAGUUGAAAGAAAGUAUGGACUGGUUUAAGUGUUCUUACAAGAAAAAAAAUGUACAAGUUUUAUGGCUGGUCUCUUAAAACUUGUAAGGAAGAGCCAAGGAAAGACACUUAUAAAAUUGGGAAUGGAAACGGGGAAUGUGUCAAAGAGACAAUAACCCGACCAUCUUAUGAAUUACUGCUGAUUAUUGUUGACCAUUGGGUUCAUUAAUUUUACUAAAUAUUUCCAAUGGAAAAUGAAAGAUUUUGGUGUGUUUAUAUAUAUCAAUGUCAUGAUUUAUAUAUGGCUAAUUCAAUUCACAAGUAAGGUAUCAAAAUAUUUAUUUUAUUUAAUUAUAGUAAAGCUAUGCUCCUGUCUGAAAUUUACAUUUGAACCCAAGUUUCUUAAGAUUUCAACAAUAUGGUAUAUUUUAGUAACUGCAUAUUAUUUAAUAACAUCCACUUAUAAAUAUUUAAAUUCAUCUGUUUAUUUAUUUUGCUUUGAGAUAAUUCCACUAUUGUAUACCAGUUUUAAAGAUACACCUUUAAUCAAAGUACCUGUACAUUUUUGUACCUUAUAAUUUUGGUAAUUUUUGUUUACCUUCUGUUAUAUAAGUGCCAACUGCAGUGCUCUGUUAUUAUGCUAUAAGGAACACCUGUCAUUGUUUUUCAUUUCUUACACAUAUGGAAUGAAAAAUACCAUUUUGUUACAAAAUAAGAACAAUUAAACAGAUUCCUCUCUAAUAUACUUGUCAUAUGUAAACUAAUACACCAAUCACUAUCCAAUUCUUCUGCGUAACUUUUUUAAAGUGGGUAAAUAUACCUGGAAAUUUAUGCAUGACAGAAAACAGAAAGCUAAUACUUCAAAGACUUUCUGACUCAGGUUUGAACUAUUUUAUCAUGAAAGGGGAAUUCCUGGAGAUUGAAAUGUGACAGAAAUUUCUUUCAAAUAACCAUUUAUCAUGUUUUUGAAGUAAUUUUUCUGUAUAUUUGUUAUUGAUUUCUAACGAUUUCUAAUUUUUAUACGACCGCAAAAAUUAAAAAUUUUUUGGUCGUAUAUUGGUAUGACGUUGGUGUCGUCGUCGUUGUCGUCGUCUGGUGUCGUCCGGCGUCGUCCGAAGACACAUUGGUUUUUGCACUCUAACUUUAGUUUAAGAGAAUGGAUCUCCAUGAAAUUUUACCAUAAGGUUCAAUACCACGAAAGGAAGGCUGGGAUUGAUUUUGGGGGUUAUGGUACCAACAGUUAAGGAAUUAGGGGCCAAAAAGGGGCCAAAAAUAAGCAUUUUUGUAACUUCCAGACAAUAACGUGUGUGUUAGUGUAUGGAUCUCUCUGACAUUGUACCACAAGGUUCCAUAUCACAAAGGGAAGGCUGUAAUUGAUUUUGGGGGUAAUUGCCUCAAAAUUUUAGGAAUAAGGGGCCAAAAAAGGGGCAAAAAACAAGCAUUUUUCUAGUUUCAUGACAAUAACUUGUGUGUAAGUGUUUGGAUAUUUCUGAAAUUGUACUACAAGGUUCCAUAUCACAAAGGGAAAGCUGGAAUUGAGUUUGGGGGUAAUUGUCCGAAACGUUUAGGAAUUGGGGGCCAAAAAGGGGCAAAAAAAAUGCAUUUUUCUAGUUUCCAGACAAUAACUUGUGUUCAAGUGUAUGGAUCUCUCUGAAAUUGUACUGCAAGGUACCAUACCACAAAGGGAAGGCUGGGAUUGAGUUUGGGGGUGAUGAAUCAUAAGGGGGUUCAAAAAAUUUGGGGGGGGGGAUUUUUUUUCUUUUAAAAUUUUCCAUUUUAAGUUGGUUAUUUCUGAUUUAUAUUUAAAAGCAAAUAAUAAUGAUAUGGUAGGAGAUACACACUAAACAGGAUGUGUAAAUUAUUAUAUAAUAAGUAUUGUGCAAUAGCAAGAAAUUUUCAAUAGCACAGUAUUGCACAAUAGCAAGAAAUCUUCAAUUGCACAGUAUUGCGCAAUAGCAAGAAAUCUUCAAUUGCACAGUAUUGCGCAAUAGCAAGAAAUAUCUAAUAGCACAAUAUUGCGCAAUAGCAAGAAAUUGUCAAUUGUACAGUAUUGCGCAAUAGCAAGAAAUAUUCAAUUGCACAGUAUUGUGCAAAAGAAGAUACUUCGUAUAAAUUGCUUAUUUCUUGAUCAAUUUCAAUGGGGUUUUAUUCUUGAAUUCUUGGGGUUCUUUAAUAUGCGGAAUCUAACUGUGUAUUAAGUUUUUGGAUUUUGGGACCGGUUUUUUAAUUGGUCCACAUUGAGGUCCAAAGGGUCCAAAAUUUAACUUUGUUUGAUUUCAUCAAAAAUUGAAUUAUUGGGGUUGUUUGAUAUGCCGAAUCUAACCGUGUAUUUAGAUUCUUAAUUUUUGGUUCCGUUUUCAAAUUGGUCUACAUUAAGGUCCAAAAGGUCCAAAAUUAAACUUAGUUUGAUUUUAACAAAAAUUGAAUUUUUAGGGUUCUUUGAUAUGCUGAAUCUAAACAUGUAUUUAGAUUUUUGAUUAUGGGCCCAGUUUUCAAGAUGGUCCAAAUCGGGGUCCAAAAUUAAACUUUGUUUGAUUUCAACAAAAAUUGAAUAUAUGGGGUUCUUUGAUAUGCUGAAUCUAACCAUGUAUUUAGAUUUUUGAUUUUUGGGCCCCGUUAUCAACUUUGUCCACAUUGAGGUCAAAAGGGUCCAAAAUUAAACUUUGUUUGAUUUCAUCAAAAAUUGAAUUCUUGGGGUUCUUUGAUAUGCUGAAUCUAACCAUGUAUUUAGAUUUUGGAUAUUGGACCAUAAUAGGUGAAUGUCCAAUUUAAAAUUUUUAAGUUCUUAGACCACAUUCAUUCUGUGUCAGAAACCUAUGCUGUGUCAAAUAUUUAAUCACAAUCCAAAUUCAGAGCUGUAUCAAGCUUGAAUGUUGUGUCCAUACUUGCCCCAACUGUUCAGGGUUCGACCUCUGCGGUCGUAUCAAGCUGCGCCCUGCGGAGCAUUUUAUUAAUGAGUAAUAUAGUAAAGAUAUACUGACAUAAAAGGUCUCUAAACACAGUAGCUCCAAAUGGAACUUUUUGUUAUUGGAAGCCAUAUUAAUUAUGUGAAUCAUUGGACAAAAAUAUGUAGCAUAUAAAAAUAUAGGAUAUUUCUUAACUUUUAACCUUUGAGUUUGUAUGAAAUUGAAAUGAAAAAAAAAAACACCUAAAAUUCACUGGUAUGACAAUGGAGCACUGUACAACUAUUACUUCAGUGUCAUUUAUGUUACCAUGUGUCACAUGAUCAUUUUGUCAUGCUGUAAUAUCAAUCCCAUAAUCCCACAGUCUAAUAAUCCAGGUGAAAACUUAGCAACAGUGUUAUAUAUUAUUUUAGUUAGAAACACCUUUGGUGCUACUCGUUGUAAAAAAAACAUGUAUAACAAACAUGCUAUGUCUUGUUUUUCAUCAUUUGCAGCAUUUUAUUUAAUCUCUGAAAUACAGGCCUGUGUCUUUCCUUUGUCAAACUUCUUAUUCUGUCGCACCAAUAACAAUCAGGGUUAGGGCAUGGAGUGAACAAGGUUGUUUGACAAAGGAUGACACGAGCCUCUUUCUGAGAUUUUAUUACUUACUGAUAAUCAGGAAUAUAUAAGAUACUCUCUGUCUUUCUAUAUAAGUAUAUUGUACAUGUGUAUUUAAGCUUCUGAAAAAAAUAUUAGAAAUGAAACAAGACAUGAAGGGUUAUUCUAUAUAAAGGAAAAGCACUUAGUAUUAAAGACUCUAUUAAAUAUUUUGUUCUCCUUCGGUUUUAAGAAGAAUCCACGAGAAAUACUUAAAUAUUUGGAGUAUGCCAAUUGAUUGUGGUCAUGGGCUAUAAUGUUUGUUAAAAAUGUACACAAGCCUUUCAUGUAGGUUAUAGUCAUAACUAUGUACUGUCAAUUUAUUAUUAUGUGUGGGAUACCAGAAGUUAUUAUGGAAAUUUGUGAUCCACAAAUAUUAAAAAAUGAUGCUUGUAUGCAAAAUAUGUCAAAACUCGGAAAAUGCAAUUUUUUCGCAAUCCACAAAAAUUGGUACCCAGUAAAAUCAACGAAUCCAUAUUAAAACAUGUUUAUGGGCUCAUUAAUGUGUAAAUAAGAAUUUUAGAAAGAACUUUUUUUUGUUUGGUUCUGUGGAUUCAUCAGAACCUCUGUUUUACACAUGUAACCAUGAUAAGUAAUGAAGCCCCCUAUCGUAAACUCAUUCAAAGAAUGAUUUUUAGAAAGUAUAUUUAAGAAGAGCUUGUUAUUCAGAUUUAUAACAUAGAAAUUUGCUGGUUCAAAUGCUGUAAUGUUAUGCCUAAUUUAUUUGGUCUUUUUGUUAGGGGUUGAUCCAAAAUUAAAUGCAUGGGGGACAUGGAAGGCACUUUAAAAAAAAAAAAUCAAUUUAAGAAGACAAUUUGCCAUUAUAUAAAUAACACAUAGCUGAAAGGGUGAUAGAGCAGAUUGUUACCCUGAAAAACAUUGUCAACUGAGGCGAAGCCGGGGGUUGACCAUGCUUUUUAGAGGGGUACCAAUCUGCUCUAUCACCCUCUCAUCUAUGUGUUAUUUAAUUUAUUAUACUGAAUGUUCUAUCAUGAUUGUCUUUUGCUGUUAAAUUUUAGAUUGAAAGUACUUAUCUAUGACGUCGCGUACAAAACAACGUUACAGUUAUUAGAAAAUAUAAUAACAUUAUUUGAUCCAAAGACAAAUGCUAUGGAUUGUUUUUUUUUCAUCUGUUAAUGUUUUUCAUAAAUUGAAGAAAGGUUGCAUUUUCCUGGAUACCUAGACCUCAAAUUAUCAUGGUUAUAACAAUUUGUAAACAAGCUUUUUGACAAUUUGCCUUUUUGUGAAACACUUAAAUUUGUUCUUCUCUUUACCCACAAAAUCCAUGAAAAUUAGUACCCCAUGAAUGACAAUAAAUUCACAGUAGCCCCAUUUCCCAUAUUUGUAUACAUCCAUCCAUUAGGCCAGGUUUUAUAUACCUCAUCUGUCCCAAUACUCUUUCUGCUUAUUUAUAGGUUUACAUACGCUUCCCAGUUUUUUUAUUUUAGUUGUUUUUGGAAUAAUUGUAACACACUACAGCACACUGACAUGACAUCUUGAUAUUUAUGGCCAUGUUCACCAAAGCAAAUUACAAGGUUACAGAAAUUUAUAUGAAAAAAAAUUCAAGUAGAUUAUAUAUGUGCAUCACAUUUUAAGUAAAUAUACAUGAAAAAGGUGUCAAUGACAGAAUUGUUAACUUUUUAAUUUGGACCAAAAAUAAGAUAAAUCCAUUUGUCAAACCUUCACAUUUACCAACCAGGAUGACAUUGUAGAAAAAAAUCUACCUCAGUAAGAACUGCAGCUUUUCUACAAAUCAUUCCCCAUUUUUGCUUUAUGAUUAGAUUACUGCUGUUAGUUUGUAGUUAAUUCAUUUCAAAUUUUCUAAAAUGACCUACGAAAAGCUGCAAAUGUAAAAAUUUUCAUAACAAUGAAUGUUAUUUUAUUAAAUGUUAUGAUAGCAAAUGUUUAUUAGAGAAUGGGGAAUCUUUAAACAUGUGAAAGGUUUUUUUCUGUCUCAAACUCCUUUACCAACUUGAUACAACCAGUAAAUUCAAUUCUGUGCAAGUAAUUUUCGUCAUGAAUAUAAAAUUUCUUUGUUUACUAAAAUAUUGUAUGGGUUUAUAUUGAUGAUAAUUAAGACUCAAUUGAAAAUUUGUAUUUUAUUGAGACUAAAUUUGAUUUUGAGGGGAACAAGAAAUCCAUGAAAAUUGUACACAGCAAACAAAAAUACAUUCACAGCAUUAUAAGCUGAGAUAGACAUUGUCCUCAAAUUUUUUCAUUACCUUUUAAAAGGUCAUCUUUCAUGUUAUUAAGGCCAUGGUGAAAUAAAAAUUCAGAUUGUCAUCCCUGUUGUUCUGAUUUGUCUUUUAGAGCAACACAUUCUUUAUGUUCCUUUUCUUUUAUUUUGCUAGAGAGGUUUAAUAUAAAAAAACUUAUGACAUAAAAUUGUAAACAGAAUUUGCUUGACUAGCCCACUUUAUCAAAAGUUGGAUGAGAAUCUAGGAAUUUUUUGUUUUGGCCUUUAUAACCAAUUACGACUUAUGUAUUACAUUAUAUAUCUUAAGAUGAAUAAUGUAUUAUGGUAAAAGAACACCAGUUUAUGACCCAAGUUGGAAAACAAUCCAGUCAGUUAUACAACUUAAAAUUAAAGUAACACUAUAUAAAAUUCUUGUGUUAACUGGCAACCUAGAAUAUAUGCACCAAGAAUGUCUUGAAUCUUUGUAAAAGUGAGAAUUUAGAAUUUUAAAAUUUAAUUUAGAGUAAAUUUAAUGGGAAACCAGUAUCAUUUUUUUUAUCACUACACACUGUUAAGGUACUGGUUGAUUGUAAGUUUACAUUAGAAUAUAAUCAUGAUUUAAGUAUGACCCUGCUGAUUCUGGUUCUUAUAUUAUAUCAGUACUACAACUCCAUGAAUAUGCCAUGUAAAUAGAUACCACUUGUUAUAUGAUCAAAUAUAAGUGCAACAUUACCUGUCAUGAAUUAUUUUAUUUAUAUCUGUAUUUUGCUUUUAUCUAAAGUAAUACAGCCAAACCAAAUUUCUGUUAAUAGUACAUUGGACUGUUUGGUAUUGCAGCUAUUAAUAUACUAUUUAUUUUGUAUCCUCAGCAUUUAUUACCAGUUAAAAUGAUUGUUUAAAUUUCUUUUGCAUUGUUAGAAAGUACAUCAAGGAAAUAGUUGACUAUGUACACUAACCCAAUGCCUUAUUAUCUGAAGUCCCCAAGCUCAUCCUCUCACUCAAAUUCACAGAAUUGACUAAAUUUCUGAUGAUUUCUGGUUUUAUUUUUAAUACUGACCACAUUGUAUGAUAAGUGUGUAUAUCAAAAUUCGAAAAAUGAUUAAAAAUAAGCAGAAAUUUUUGCCCUGUGGACACUACAGGAAGUCAUUUUCAGAAUGAUAAAUUUUCACUUUCAUUUGGCAUUCUGACAUUGAUUGUAGUUGUUUACAGAAAUGGAAAAAUCAGAUUGGCUGUUCAAAUACUUGAUGUUCAAAUCCCAGAUGUUCUUGAAAUAUUUGUUUUAUAUAAACAAAGGACUACUUAUAAUAUUCCAAUCAUACUUGUAAUACUGUGGAUUCAUUUAUUUUCGUGUGUACCUAUUUUUUACGGAAAAGGAAAAUUUUAUUUUCGUGGAUAUUUUAUUUUGUGGUUUUGCAAAAUUCUGAAUAAAGGCAAUAGAAAUUUUGCACUUCGCUAUUGUUCACCUGUACCAAUGAAAUCCAUGAAAAUGGGUAUCUCACGAAUAAUAAAGAAUCCACAGUAAUUAAACUCAAUUAUAAGUUGAAUAUGUGUAUUAAAGUACUUGAUAAUUUUCUGUUGGUCUAAUUUGUAUUUGAAUGGUACUACAUCACAAGAGAAAUGACUUAGUACAAAUUAUAAUUUUAGAGUUGAUUAAUAGAGUGCAUUAGAAACAAGUUUAAAAUCUUGUAGAUACAUUAAUAACAACACUAACAAAGCUUAAGUAACUAUGUUAAGUGCCUAAUAAAACAAUACAGAAGAAGCUUUCUAUAAUAAAUUUAUGUUUGUAUUUAAAAACAAAGGGAUACAUUUAAACCUUGCAAUGUUUGUUUUACAAUAGUUUCAAAAAACCACUUGUGAUAAAAGGUCAUGUGUCUGAGCUGGAAUUCAUGAUUUGGUAUUCCUCAUACUUCAAUUCUUUGUUUAAUACCAUUUGUAAACUUUAUUGUAGCACAAUUUGAAAUAAUUUUUGCAGUUUUAAACUUGAAAGUUUGAUGAAUUCUUGUGGUGUAAUAGACUUAAGAUAUGGUACCUUGACCAGGAAUUUGUAGACUGUUACUUACCAAUGUCAUCAUCCGUAAAGGUGUUAUAUUUACAUAACUCUAUUGAUUCACACAGAAAAAGAUAUUAUGACUGGCUUUGUACUAAUUUCUUAUUUUAAAUAGUGUUUUGGUGCUAAAACAGAUUUGUUGCAGAAGCUUUUAUAAAGUGAUGAGUCAUAAAUGUGUACAAAACUGGUAGAAAUUUGAGGAUUCUUUAUGCAGAAAUAACUACAUAUAUACAAAUACGUCAUUGAAACUAGUGUGGGUAGUUUGUUAAAUAUGGUAUUAUUGAAUACCAAUGUGAUUAGUCAGUUAGACAAGAUAUUUAACUUUUUAAAUGACUGUAUUUUCAAAUGAAUAAGAAUGAAAAAUUUAAUAAUACACAUUAAUUGUAACAACA